GAAGUGACUGAGGAAAGUGCUCUCCAACAGAUUUUUGGUUUCCAUUUUUACUUUCCAUUGGGUCCAAAAAAGGUUGCACCUUCAAGCCCUUGUGCAGUUUAUCUGCUCCAUUUCUUCUUCACAAUACAUGGCCCCCUGUUUCUGCACAUUACCUCUGACUCUCCAAUGCUGCCAGACCUAAGCUUCCCCUGCUCCUAGCUGUCUGGGUCCAUGUUCCCUUCAGAUAACCAUCUGUCAGCCCAGGUGUUGUCUGACAGGGUUGCCAGCACCUGCUGGGCUUCUUAUAGUGCCAGACACACUUUUAGUAUGUGAAAACUAUUCCCACCCUUUUCACCAAUGCCCAAGUAGGUACCCGUGGCCUGUACAUUUUGGUAAAGUCGGUGGUAAUCUAUUCCCACACUAUUCUGUUUCCUCUUCUCAAAUUGCUUAGGGUCUCCAAUCUGCCUCUCCUCUCUUGCUUACCAAUACCUGGCCAUGUGUGACCAUGGGUAUCCAUUGGUCUCUGUGGCUUUGAAGUAAGUGUUCAUCAGCCAGGAAACAUGUUUUGGACACUGACUUCUGGACAGUAUUCUGUGUCCCUGGACACUUGAAAAUAAGUAUCUGAUGAAUUGCCGAGCCUAGGGAAACAUAAGCCAAAUCCAGGGCACUUGAAUUCAACAGCCAAGGCUUUGUCCUCCCUUUUUUCGCGGACCCGCCUCGCCUAGAACAGGAAGACACGAGGAGCCGCGUUGAGCGAGGUUCCCCCAAGUCUCACUAUCGGCCAGUCCGGGCUGCAAAAAUGUGCCCAGCGGCGAAGGGAGGAUUCCUCCAGGCUUAUGCGCGAUGCCAAUCACAGCGGCGCAGCCCCAGAGCUUCCUGCUCCCCCGAAGCUCCCACCUCAGAAACAAGGUAGGGGGACUCUGGGCACCUCGGAGUCGGAGCCUCUGCCCGAGUCCCACCCCACAGCGCCCAGGACCCCCGAGGUCCGGGCACCGCCCACGUUUCCACCGCCCUCCGGCGCGGGGGCUCGGGAGUUGUAGUCUCCUGCCGAGCGCGGGCGCGGGGGCCGGGGCAGCGCGGACUCCACGUCCCGGCGGGCGGCGCGGCGCGGCUGGGGCGCUAGGGGCGGGGCCGCUCGGCCCUUUAAACCUUCCAGGGCCGCUCCGAGGGCCGCAGGCAGAGACCGCGCCACGAGGGGCCGAGCGGGGCGCGGCGGCGGCGGCGGCGGCGACGACGACUGCGGGGCGCUCCGGGGAGGCCUGGGCCGCUGAUGGUUUUGGUGAAGUAUCUUAAGGCAGCUGGGCCGGCCCCCUCUUUCCCACCUACCUCUUGUCCUUCCCCCCACACCACCACCACCCUGGCUCCCCUCCCUCAUGACCGCCUGGAUCCUCCUUCCUGUCAGCUUGUCAGCAUUCUCCAUCACGGGCCUAUGGACUGUGUAUGCCAUGGCCGUGAUGAACCGCCACGCGUGCCCUGUGGAGAACUGGUCCUACAACGAAUCCUGCUCUCCUGACCCCGCUGAACACGGGGGCCCCAAGACCUGCUGCACCUUGGAUGACAUCCCGCUCAUCAGCAAGUGUGGCACAUAUCCCCCAGAGAGCUGCCUCUUCAGCCUCAUUGGCAACAUGGGUGCUUUCAUGGUGGUCCUGAUCUGUCUGCUGCUGUAUGGGCAGCUCCUGGAGCAGAGUCGUCAUUCCUGGGUCAACACCACGACACUCAUCACUGGCUGCACCAAUGCUGCGGGCCUCGUGGUGGUUGGCAACUUCCAGGUGGAUCAUGCGAAGUCUCUGCACUACAUCGGAACUGGUGUGGCCUUCCCCGCCGGGCUGCUUUUCGUCUGCCUGCACUGUGCCCUCUCUUACCAUGGGGCCACUGCCCCCCAGGACCUGGCUAUGGCCUACCUGCGGAUUGUGCUGGCAGCCAUCGCCUUUGUCACCCUAAUCCUCAGCGGUGUCUUCUUUAUGCAUGAGAGCUCUCAGCUGCAACAUGGGGCAGCCCUGUGCGAGUGGGUAUUUGUGAUUGACAUCCUGAUUUUCUACGGCACCUUCAGCUAUGAGUUCGGGGCAGUGUCCUCAGAGACGCUGGUGGCGGCCCUGCAGCCUGCCCCUGGCCGGGCCUGCAAGUCCUCUGGGAGCAGCAGCACCUCCACUCGCCUCAACUGUGCUCCUGAAAGCAUUGCCAUGAUCUGAGGUCUGGGGAGGGUGGCUGGCCCAGCCUCAGCAGCUCCCCACCUCACUAACUUUGCAUUUAUUUUGUACCAAAAACGAUGUUGAAAAAGUAUUCUGCUGGGACAGAGGGUUCCUUGCUGCUGAAGGAACCGCCAUCCCACACCCACCUGUGCCACAGCGGAGCGGGCCAGGCAGCUGCGUGGGCUGCACACAAGCUACUCCCUGACUCUGCAGUGUUGUUUUUAUGAAAGGUCACCUAUCCUCACUCACCCAGCCAGCCCUUCAGGUGCCUUCUACUCCCCAGUGCUGAGGCCACACCACUGGGGGUUCCUGCUGCAGGAAUUGGGGGCUGGUAACAGCAAGAGGGAUAGAAGUCAGGGAGUGGAGGGGGGAGUACUACUUAGUCUGUGGGAAGGCCCUCUUUUGGGCCCACUGAGCUGCACUGGGAUUCUUCACUCUGCCCUUUACUUUCUUUUGGGCAAAUAAUACAGCAGAACCACAUGGGUAUUUUAGUACUUUUUUUUUUAUCUAUUAAAAGAAUUCUAAUUUGCA